GCGAAAAUCACGUGUUGGAUCUAAAUCAUACAGAAAAUGGAGGGGAAAGAACAGCACAAGAUCCAAAAAGAAAUAAAGGAUAUACAAUUGUGAGUAAGAUAUAUAUAUAUACAUAGGAACAUUGGAGUGGAGAUCCAAAUCCAGAAUAAGGAAUUGCAAAAUGGCGCAAAAUCCAUCGCUUGCUCCAGAGAUCGGACCCGAUGGGCUUGCCAGAGAAGCUCCUGUCAUAGCCUACACUGAAAGGAUUAUCGAGGAAGAGCAGCUUCAAUUGAAGAAAUAUAUUGAAGAAAAUUAUUCAAAAAUCCGUGAUGUUGAAAGAGAACUAUCAAAUCUUACAUUCGAAUUGAAGCUUACAGCUGGGCCAAAAAAGGCAGCACUUGAACUCUUGAGAAAGAAAAUAGAAAUGUCGACGGAAAGAAUUAGUGUUGCUAAGCAGAAGGAAGAACAAGCACGAAAGGUGUGGGAAGCGGCAUCAAAGGCUGUGAAAGAUGAGGAAGCAGUUAAGCAGAAGUUGUGUGAUGACUUAAGCCAACUGGUUCAAGAAAGCAGUCACACCCAGUUUUCUAGACUGGAGGAACUCAAAAGGCGUCUGGAAGCGUUGAACCCAAGCCGAGCUUCCAUCUCUGGCUCUCAUGAUGGGAAAUUAUUGCCGCAACCACAGAGUAGCACAGUUCCAGAUGCUUCGUCAACUCCUCUUAUAGUGGAUCCAGCUGGUGGUGCAGGUGAAAAUGUGGCCAAUCAAGGAAAUGGUGGAAACGUUCCUGCUACAAAUGGUCACAAUCAACAGCCUAAUGUUGAGGGAGAAGGGAGAGGAAAGAAGAAAAGUUUUAUCCAAGGGAGGGGAAGGGGAAUUGGGGCUGUGCCCAAGGGUAGAGGAUCUUCUGCACCUGGCUGGACGGGUGCUGGUUUUGAUGUGGAUGGUAGAACUUAAGAACAUCAUUUGAGGUUCUUUGUUUUCCUUGCUAGAGGUAUGAGAUGAAAAAGUUCAUUUCUGCACUUCUUCCAGGUUAUACUGUAUCUCUUUUCUUCUUUAAUUAGUUGGUUGAUUUUCCUCAUUUGUAUGUCUGCUAUAGCUUGUUGAUAAAGAUGGUUAUCUGAUUUUUCCAACAUUUUGUUGCUACUUCAGACUCGCGUCACCAAUAUGUUUCUGUCAGUGUUUGUGUGGAAUUAUGUGCUCAAAGUUUCAUAGACAAAUGACUACUGAAUUCUGUAUUGAACUUCAUAGACAGGUAACUGUCUCUACAAUGAAAUAACAAGAAGUAUGAUAUAAAAGCAUAAUCCUUUGCAUUUGAAGGAUCAUAUAUCAUCCUAGUUAAUGGUAAGACUCGUCCUACUGAUCAUGUUGUUUUGCCAUCAAUUUCAGGAAGAAUGCUUUUACAAAAACCUUUUUGUGUGUUAGCUUAUGAAGAACGUUAAGUUAGAACGACUUUUGAGGGCCACCAAAGUAAUUUUUGGUCACCCACUUAUGUUCCAUAGUUAAAAAGUUUAUGAUCAAUGAUCAGAAUGCUAUGUAAAAUUUUAGAUUACCGUCAACUUAACAGGAAAAUAUGUUGUUCCUGGGUUUAGGAAAUGACCACUUCAAUGCAUAAAUGGCUUGUUAUUCCUAAAGAGAGUGAUCAUCAUGUUGGAACUGGCACAAUUGAGUCCUAGAAGUGUCAUCAAAAGAGGAAAAAGAAUCAACUAAAAGUGGCUCUUCUCAGAAGUUACAUUCAAAACUACGCCUUCUAUUCUUUCACAGUGAACUGUCAUAUAAUAUCAAUACUUUCUUCUGAUAUUAUAUGACAAUCUUAACAUAUGCAGGUGCCCCCUGCUUUUUUAGUAAUGAUUUAGCAGUGUCAUCAGAUAUAGGGUAAAUAUCAAAUAUCGUUGUUUGAUUGCUGAAGAGAAUAUGGUAUAAAAGAAUUUAACAUGUAACACUAUAUUUGAAAUUUCUUUUUCUUACUUUAUUUUAUUUUUAUUUUUAUUUUUUAUAUUUUAGUCAUGAGAGGUGACAACACACAUGAUGUGUGUGUUCAUUUUCAGUAACUAGUCCCUUCACAAACUAGAUUCAUUAAUUGCUUGCAUACACAGCAGAAUACAUACGAAUUAGAGGUCUGGCACUGGCAGCCUCUGAAUUAGGCUAACAUUUAAGCUGGUACAUCUCUACUAAUGGCAAGUGCGAACCAAUAGUAAUUGUGUUGACCACUGCACAAUCCUUCUGUCACUCUCUGCUCACAUCAAUAUACACUAUGCCACGAGUGUCUUCCAUCUGUAUGUACACUAGUCUUGUCUUGUAGUUUUUACUUCUGAAUGGCACCUUUGAACCGAGGAGAGCUAUGUAUCCUUACAUUCAAAUUUGAAAUUUGAAUGCUGUAAUUUUCUCUCUUUCUCACUGUUUCAGAUGGAUGAUAAUCUCAAUAUCCCAGAAUCAUGACAAUGGGGGCUGGUUCUUGCUGACAAUUUGGCUAGUAUCCAGGUAAUUCCUACUAGGAAAAAAUUAUUUUCUUGUGUGAGAUUGCAAUGAAAAUGAUAGCCUUUGAGGAGAUGCUGAUCAAGUUCCCUUAUAGUGAAUUGCAUUAAAGUGUCAAAAUUCUCUUUACUGAGUAGUGUACUAAGUGUAGAGUAGAUGUGUGUUUUUAUGACUGAAGCAGUCACUAGAUGAAAUAUUAACUGAGAUGUUUGUUUGGGUCAUUGAAGUGGUGUCAUCUCUGUCAAAUAGGGCAGCCCUGGAACUGGGUGCUGUACCCAUACAGUAUAUUUGAAUAUAUGGUGAUAGCUGAUAAGGGUUUUGAUAA